UGUUCUUUCAUCUAUACCACUCAACCGUUGUCACUCUUGUCCCUAUAAUGGUUCUUGAUUUCUUGCUUCCUUCGCCACCAAAGUCUUGGUCGGCUGAUAAGACCUCAGUCUUUCACGCCAAGAUCACUGCUCCCACAAAGGCCAGCAUUCAGCCUGUGGGUCGCCACUUCCUUGCUCAUGCACGCCGCCACAUUCACUCACGUACCUUCUCCGAGGAUGAAAAGGUCAUUUCUGAAGCCGAGGCGGCUGCAAAGACUGCUGCUGAGAAUGAGCAGGACGAUGCUGAUUUGGGCGAUGAGCCUGAGGAUCCUGCCAUGCUCCGUCGUGAUCCUAAAGACUGGAAGGAUCAAGACCAGUAUGCUGUCUUGGGUCUCUCACACUUGCGCUACAAAGCCACUGAGGACCAGAUCCGUCGUGCUCACCGCAGGAAGGUUCUUCGCCACCAUCCCGAUAAAAAAGCUGCUCAUGGCGGUCUUCAUGACGAUGGUUUCUUCAAAUGUAUCCAGAAAGCUUUUGAGACACUCAUGGACCCUGUGAAGCGUCGUCAGUGGGACUCUGUUGAUCCUAAUGUCCCCGAUUCUGUACCAAACCCCAAGAGCAAGCUCGAUUUCUAUAAAGCCUGGGGACCGGUCUUUGAGCGUGAAGCUCGUUUCUCUAAUAUCCAUCCUGUUCCUAUGUUAGGCAAUGAGGAAUCGACUAAGGAGGAAGUGGAGUCCUUUUAUAAUUUCUGGUACAAGUUUGAUUCGUGGAGAUCCUUUGAGUGGAUGGACAAAGAGGAUGGCGAGGGUCACGACUCACGUGAUGAUAAACGCUAUUUUGAAAAGAAGAACAAGGCUGAGCGUGCAAAGUUGAAGAAAGAAGAUAAUGCUCGUCUGCGUGAGAUUGUUGACCAGGCCUUUGCACUUGACCCUCGUAUCAAGACCUUUAAGGAGCAGGCAAGCAAGCAGCGUAAUGCUAAGCGUCGCGAGAAGGAGGAGGCAGAGAAGAAGGCUGCUGAGGAGGCUGCUGCUGCUGCUGCUGCUGCUGAGGCUGCCCGUGUUGCUGCUGAGGAGGCAGAGAAGGCUUCCCGUGAGGAUGCCAAGAAAAACAAAGAAUUGCUGAAGCGUGCUGUCCGCAAAGAGAAGAAGAACUUGAAGGCAUUGAUCAAGGAUAACAACUACUUCCUACCAGCAAGUGAACCAGCCACUCCUGAACAGGUUGAACAGCAAUUAGAGAGGUUGGAUGCUCUUUUAGACGGAGCCAAGGGCUUGGAUCAGCUUGAGGCAGUUCGCAAGACUUUGGAGGACGGUGUUAAAAAUGGUAACAUUGUCGAAGUCUUCAAGAAUGAGGUUGCCAAGCGUUCGGCUUAGAAAAACAAAAUAAAAUAAAUAAUUAGCCGUCAAUUCAUCCU